AACAUUUCGUUCUCUUACAAUUGCUGUUGUGGAACUGAAAAACGCGUUCUUCGAAUUCUGCAGCCCAAAGCCUCUGAUGUUGCUGUUGUUUUGCCAUCAACCAGCAUGGCCGCCCAUGCAGCAGAUGAAGAUGUUGAAGUUGUUGAGAUGGAGGAAAAAGUUGAAGUAGCUGGAAAUGCUACAAGAGCUGGGAAGGGAACUCCUUCUGGUAUUCCAGAAUAUCCUUUUCUACCACCUCCUCCUCCUCUCCCCCCAGGUGGUUAUUUGAAGUAUAAGGGUGAUAAUGCAGUAGGGCUUGAUGAAGAGACGGCGGAAGUGGAUAUUGUUUAGCAUAGCGAUCAAUAAGCAGCUGGUGCACAGAUGUAGA